UACAUAUCAUAAAAAAAAAAGAAGUCGGACGUGGUGGCGCAUGCCUUUAAACCCAGCACUUGGGAGGCAGAAGCAGGCUGAUCUCUUGAGUUUGAGGCCAGCCUGAUCUACAGAGCGAGUUCCAGCACAGCCAGGGCUAACACAGAAAAACUUUGAAAAACAACAAACUCCUAGAGGGUUCAGGAGCGCCAGAGCCCAGCCCAGCCUCCACGGUGGAGGGACCAGAAGGACAAGGGCACUCAGAUGGAGACAGGGGCACACCAACCAGGUGCACAGCAAGCACGACCGCCGGUAGCAGCCGGGGCUCCAGGAGGGCGGACCUUCUGCGGACGGCUCGGUGUACAGUUCUGCCUUCCCAAGGGCUCAUCAGGAGCGCACCAUUGAGUCGCGGCUCCUAGAGAUGCCGGAAAUGGUUUCAGUCGCUGGCUGGCGUAUUUCCGCUAGUGAGUUGAAGUCUGGGCGGCGCGCAGCCGAACUGACAACCGGAGCUGCAGGGAGCUCGGCGAUCGUCCGGUGGCGUGCAGCUCUGGGCCGCCCUGCUCCGCGACACUGCGCUCGCGCUGAAGCCAACCGGACCCCGGCACCCUUCAGACUUCGGCACCCUUCAGAUGCGCCCGCACCUCUCUGCCGCUGCUCCUCUGGAGGCUCGGCGCAAGUGUUGCUUCCGACGGGGCAGCGCUCUUCCCUGGCGGGCUCACCGCGAGGACCCUCCGUAGCAGGCAGUCCUGGAGCCAUCUUUGUACCAGCUGCCAGUGACUUUCAGAGAUGUGGCCGUGCACUUCGGCAGGGAGGAGUGGGAGUGUCUCAGCCCCAAACAGAGGACCCUCUACCGGGACGUGAUGCUGGAAAACUUUAGGAACUUCAUCGAACUGGGAUACCGCGGCCCUAGACCAGACCUUAUUUCUCACCUGGAACAGUGGGAUGAACCAUGGGUUGAAGAUUGGGAAAGACUUGAGUUUCUAGAAGCACGAAAAGGUGUCUGCCCAGGAGGCAGAAAGUCCGUGGAUCCUAAGAGACCCUGUGACCUGGCUUCGGCUCAUGAGAGGGCCCAUCCACAGACAGGAGCCAAGAGAGGGCCUGCCUUGAAGAGUGUCCUGACAUCGGGUAAGGUGAACCUUCCCAGAGCCACCCCUGGGAAGAAAGUGCAUGGACAGGAUGCUUUCCAAAACCAGGUGUGUGGAAAAUCCUGCAAGAAGCAACCAGGCCUCACAGAGCAGUGCAAGAACGGUGCAGGGGGACAGCCCUUCAUCUGUAGUACGUGUGGGAAGGCACUGAGCUGCUACAGCCGCCUGGCUGCUCACCAGACAGUACACACCGGAACCAGGUCCUUUAAGUGCUUUGAGUGUGGCCGGACGUUCCGCUGGGUUUCAAACCUUCUGCGCCACCAGAGAAAUCACACAAGUGAAAAGCCCUUUGGCUGUGAGGUGUGUGGACAGGCCUUCAACUGGAAGGACCGCCUAACACAGCAUCGCAAGAUCCACACUGAACACAGUCCAUAUGUGUGCAGUGACUGCGGGAAGGCCUUCAAACAGAAGUCAAACCUCCUCCGGCACAAACGCGUUCACACUGGAGAGAGGCCUUUCUACUGCAACAGCUGUGGGAAGGCCUUUCGUACUAAAGAGAACCUCAGCCACCACCAGCGGAUUCACAGCGGGGAGAAGCCCUACACCUGUGACGAGUGUGGGAAGGCCUUCCGGUGGCCCAAGAGCUUCAGUAUCCACCAGAGGGUCCACCUGGCAAAGAGAUUCUAUGAGUGUGAGCACUGUGGGAAGGGCUUCCGCCACCUGGGCUUUUUCACGCGGCAUCAGAGAACUCACAGGCGUGGAAAAGUAUAAAGGCGCCUGGAGGCAGCUGGGCCUUCCCUGAAGAACUGUGGCUGGGGUUCUCACGCCUAGCAGCCAUGUGGUCCUUGAGUGAACCGUUUGUAGCUCCCUGAGUCUGAGGAAGUUUUGCCAGGAAACUGACACAGGGAAGGGAAUCUCUGCGGUAUGCAGGCGGAGCCCGUGACAGCUCUGGCCACGUCAGCUGAGAAAUUUGCCCUUGUCCUGUGUGCACUUUAACUCCUUUCUCUUCUCGCUCUUUCACCGCGUCUCCUGUUUGUGGAAGGGAGGUUUGAGGCUUGAGCAGAAAUAAAGCUUACUUUUGGAGCUGCCAAGCUGGCCCAGUGGGUAAAGGCACGGUUUGCUUCCCAGGCACUCAUGUGGUCGGAGGAGAGAACCAAAUGCUGUAAGUUGUUCUCUGACUUCCUGCAGCCCAUGUAUGCAUACAGACACACAACAAAUACAUAAUAAAUGAAAAAAAAAACAACAACAAAACAAAACCUCUUCAGCCUCAGCAAGUGGCCAUAGAAUUUCUUUAUUAAAGGGCAACAGAAAGACCGGGAUUCACCCUGGGGAACCUAGUGUGUGGGUGUGUGGGAAGCAGCUGCGAACUGGACAGGACCACAUGGGUAGUAGAAGUUUGUUAAGAUAUCCCCAACACUGUGUCUCCAGCAGAGAUACCAGAUUUUUGGUUCUAUUUAUUUGGUUUUAUUAAAGUAUAACCAGGGACUUAUCUCACAGUCGUGUGGGAGCUUAGGUGAGCCCUUGCUUCAGGUGUGGUUGUCUUUGUGCAUAGAGCUGUCCCAGUGUCGGGCAGGGAGGGGCAGCUGGAUGCUUCUCGCUGGUCUUGUUUGUCUGCACAGGACCAUGGGCUGUCGAGAUGGCUACCGAGCUGGGCCCCUUCAGGAAUGAGACCCCACUACACGAUCACAGUCUGUGGCUCUGUGAGCAACUCAACUCUCAACAGUAAAUAGAAACUCAUUUUUAAAAGUACAGCAUAAUGGCUCCUGCCUCCAAAAUGGAGUCAGGAGGGUUCUUCAGCUCCCCAGGUGGAGCUCAUGGGCACAACUCUGCAUUUAGCGGAGUUCAAGGGACCAAGGACUUGUCAGCACUGUAAAUGACAUUAGCUUUAUCUCUAGGUCUGAUAACAGAUUAUACUUUUGAAAAAUUCCAGGAGGCUGGAGAGAGAGCUCAGCAAUUAAAUGCACUGGCUGCUCUUAUAGUGAAUCCAGGUUCAAAUACCAGCACCCACAUGACAAUCUACUAUUAGUCUGUAGCGCCAGUUCCAGGGGACACAGCAUCCUCUGUAAUGGAUUUUUCUUUGGG